CCUACAAACUUUCAACACGUCGUCAACGGACAGUCUCCUUGGCGACAUUUCAUCCACAGCCUAUGUUAACUUCCGGAUCAGCUGUUACGAACCAGCUUAUGAUAACAAUUAUAUUCGUAGGACCACUCUGUUGAACAACUGCUAGAAGUCCCGCCUUCUUAUGUGCACGACAAAGCGAGAACAUUGACCGCGAUGCUCUUUUCUUGUGCAUGGAUGCAAUAAAAAAAAAAAAAACUGGUUAGAGUCAUUCCGGUUUGUGUGCUUCGCCGCCCCAACAACUGGGAAAAUCCUUGAAAGCCACAGAAGGGCAUGAAAGACGUUGACCACCAAAAGAAACCAGUCGUCGCCCGUCGUUAGAUGAAGUGAUCCGAUUGUCUGGAAUUCAUAAUGAAAUCUCCUUGACAAGGCACGACUUUCUCAUCUGCUGAGCAGUGGUUUUUAUUUAUUUAUUCAUUUAUUUCAAUUCUUUUACUUGUUUUAAGCCACCAGAUGGUUUGUCGAGAGAGAAACUAGUUUAGUUUAUCAUUUACAAGAAGAAGAACAGUCAAGUGACAGCCAACUCUCGAAAAUUUAAGUUUGAAACAAUUUUAAAACCAACAUGUUUCGUAUCAAACAAACGAUUUUCGCCAUGUCAGCAUCGCAUCGAAGAUUUUUAUGGUUAAAAAUUUCGGAAUCUGUGCGACGUAUUCCAGUCAUUCCACACUUGACAUCCUACAUUCGACGCUCGUCCGUUUUCCUAUUUUCGUUAUACUUAAGUUUUCUUUUCACCGGAUUCGUCAUCAGCAUAUCUAAGCCAACAGGCAUCGUGUAUCAAGGGAGGGAUAAAGCACCCACAUUUCAACCGCAAUUGGUUGGUGAACUCUGCGAAUCGCAAUCUGUAGGUGCAGAAAAACGAAUCUUUUUUAUUGAGAGUUCAGGGGGGAAAUGUCUUCGACCACGUCAAGCUUGCGCCAUCGAAUCAGCUGCCCGCACCAAUCCAGACAUGAAUAUUUACGUGCACAUGGCUCUCUAUCCUGCACCCGGAAGUCCGGAAGUGGAAGGGGGGUACGGUCUCAAUGCGCAUUGCCAGAUGAUGGAUAUCCUCACCAAACAGUUUCCCAACAUAAAAAUUGUGCGGGAAGAUUUGACGCAACAUCUUUUAGGAACUCCGCUAGAGGCGCUUUUGCAAAGUGGCAAACUUGAAAAAAGCAAAUUUUCAUAUCAGCACCUGAGCGAUGCUGUGCGGAUUGCCAUGCUCCAUAAAUCUGGUGGCAUUUAUCUCGAUCUGGACGUCAUAACGUUACGCUCGUUGAACUGUCUGAGAAACACUGCUGGAGAAGUCCGUUCUGCUGAAUACAAAGCUGGCAUCGAAAAUGGAGUUUUGAUUUUCGACAAAGGUCACGGAUUGCUCAAUCAUUACAUGCGCCUCAUGACACAAAUUUACGACCCUUCGAGCCGAGAAGGUAUCGGACCCAAUGGAUUGCUGAAAGCUGCUGGCGAAUUUUGUGGAUUUGGCGUUUGCGAAGGUUGUGAUUUCGGUCAGCUUUGGAUUUGUCGCGACAAUUGGAACAUAACUGUUUUAUACACGGAAGCGUUUUAUCCAAUUCCAUUUCGAAAUCGAAUUCGUUUUUACGAACCCACUUUCCCUCUUUCUGAAUUGGACAAUUUGCAGACGAGUUAUCUCGUCCAUGUUUACGGAAGUGGACAUGGAGCGCAAGUGUCACAUUCCAGUUUGUACGGAUUCUUAGCCCAGCGCUUUUGCCCUUCUGUUUACACAAUCAGCAGUCAAUCUCGUGUUUUUAAUUUUUGAUUCAUCAAAUUGUUUGACCAAGUGUUGUAGCCCCUUUAUAUUUCAAUAAACUUUUAUCAAACAUAAAA